AUGGCAGAAAACGUCCCACCCGGCUCAGCAAAUCAAUCCAACAACGCCGCCGACCAGCCUGGCCGGCCAUACUACGAGUCUCUGCGCGCGACGCUCCGUCAAACCAUCGAGAAGAAGCGCAAGCUCGACGAGCAGAUCGCGGCAGUUGAAGAGCAGAUUUUCAAGGCGGAAGGCAGCUACUUGGAAGACACCGCAGGUUCGGGCAACAUAGUGCGUGGCUUCGAUGGCUGGGUCAAGGGCGUACAGGUCGGCGGACGGGGUGCGGCAGACGACAGGCGGAGGGGGCGCGUGAGAGACGACGACCGCGUCUUCAGCAGAAGCUCGGUCAGCUGGAUGAAGGCGCAGGACGGCUCUGAUUCAAACCCGACCUCGCAUGCACCAACGCCUACGGCCUCCCUCGCUGGCGGCAUGUCGACCAGAGAUACCAACAAGACCGGCAACAAGAAGAAGAGGGCUGCCGACAAGGACGAUGACGAGGAUGGGAAGACCAUGAAGAGAGGCAAGAUCUCUUACGGCCGAGAUUGA